UUAGUUUCUUUGAAGAAAAAUAUCCGCCCCCUGAUUCAUCAUUACACUGGCUUAGGAAGAAGAAGAGAGAGGAAAGGAGUGUGUUCAUACAUCUGAAAUGGCCAUUGAGCUGCUCUCUGGGGUGAAAUAUGGCUCGGUUAUGUCUCUUGUAGUGGUACUGGUGGCGUUUUGGUUCCAAUCCCCGGACAGUUCAGUGCUUGACGAGAGACUGGACACGGUUCUGUCUUCACUACUGCGAGCGGAGCGGAAAGUAGGCAUGAGCAGCGUGUCCAGACCACGAGUGGCUAUCGGUUUUGGUGGUUGUGUGGAUAUCAUAGUGGAUGGAGUGGCUCUGCUAAAUAAAAUCGGUGUGAAGCCAACGGACCAGCCCCUCCACCAUGACUACAUAGAGAAUGCAGAGCAGCUGGCCCAGAGUUUCGCAUAUUUUUUCUCCCCUGGAGCCGCUUCAGAGAGGUUUGUGAUGAAUGACACACUCUUCAGUGAACUGGUAGACGCUUCUCGAGAAUUGCCAGGAAACAGGUGGUCUAUAGGAGGAAAUGCACCUGUCAUGGCCAGCAGGAUGGCACUAGAAGGGUGUGAUGUGCUUUUAGGGGGAAGUUUCAGCACAGAUUUCAUCGACAUUCUGUCUCAGCACAUCAUGGUGGCAGGAAACAUUGUGGAAGAGCCAGACAUCCAUCUGAUAAUGGAGUACCCGACAGGUGCCACGUGGGGGCCGUACUCCUCCCGAAGGGCCAACAGGUAUAUUGUCCACAGCGACGAUCACAAUCCGUACCUUGACUCCAUAGAGCAAUUUCAGGAGAAGCUGAAGGGAUAUAUGCCAGAUCUUUUAGUAGUUGGAGGGUUACAGAUGAUGGACAGCUUCCCUUUCAGACAAGGAGAACGUGGGUCUUUGUUGGGAAAGCUGGCAAAGAUGCUGUCCUCUGCGUCCCUGCAGACCACCGUCCAUUUCGAGAUGGCUAGCUUUGUUGACGAAGGUCUGAUGUCUGAUCUACUCGAGUUUGUUCUUCCAAAUGCCGACUCUUUGGGCAUGAACGAGCAAGAGUUGCCCAAUCUCCUGAGCCUUUUCCGCGGCAGCAACUUGACCGUGCUGUCCGACCCCAACCCUCGUGUAGCUACUGUGCUGGACCAGAUGCGAGAUCUCUACCGCCUGGUUAACCAGCACCACCAGGAGGCCGGGACAGGUCGACCGCUCACCCGCCUCCACGUCCACACGCUGGCUUUCCAGGCCAUCAUAGUCAAGCGCAGCUCCCAGUGGAAGAACACCAUGUCGGCGACAGCCAAAGCCUCUCUAACAGCCAACCGCCAUGUUUGUGGAUCGCCAGACAUUGACCUCAGUAAAGCGCGGUUGAUCAUGGACGAAUCUUUCUCAGUGAGUAGGCAAGAAGGCAGCCAGAGGAUUUCACUCAAGGAAUCUCGACCCGUUUCCUGUUGGGAUGAGGAAGACUAUGAGAUUUGCGUGGCUCCUGUGCUGGUGUGCACUGAGGUGUACCAGACUGCCGGAGGAGGGGACAACAUUUCCGCCGCUGGGCUCGUACUGCAGAUUUAAACACGAAAGUGCGUUCGAACAGUGCAGACAUUGAUUAGAUAUUCUUCGUCCUGCUUUGGUUACAUUUUAUUGAAUUGUUUUUAUUUUUUGUGGCUAAGACAUAGAGACACAUCAUGUGCAAUAUAAACAUUGGGUCCAGAUGAUAUACAGUUGGGUGAAUCUUACGAAACCUGUCAAGAUCAUGUUCGGGUCAUAUUUCACUGCAAUAUCAAAACAAAAAGCAAAAAAUAAAUUAUAUUUUGCAGAAAAAAUGUAUUUGCAUUGUGACAUUAUUUUUUAAUGACAAUUAAGCAAACAACGUAAUGUGAAAUCUAAUUUUCAUUACUGUAAUUUCGUAAAAAAUAACAAUAUAUUAAUUUAUAAAGUAUUUAUACAUUGUGGUAGUAUUUGUUGUACUGA